AUGCACGCCAUCCACGAUGUGCUUUCAAGUACAGAGAGACUGGCCACUCCAGAAGUCGGGCUUGGUGACGCUUGGCCCGAGGCUGAACUGCUUGAGGACGCCGUCGCAGAAGAUGACAUGGAUGAGGACAUAGACGAGGACGUGGUGGAUGAGGACGUCAUGGAUGGGGUGGUGUUUGCCGUUGAAAUCUCCGUGGUGGUGGUCACGCUGGAGCUACUCGAAGUUGAGGUGGUAAUGAUUGGGCCACCGGGGUUGAUACUGAGCGAGGUCGUGCUUGUUGCGAUUGUACCCUCACAUUGGGGUUCGCCCAUCACUUCAACACACGCCGCACCCGUUGGGCAACAUCCUGUGCCCCCGGGACAGGCUUGUAAGGUCUCAGGGCAUACUAGCUCGUCUCCUCGCGGGUGCAAAUUUCCAGGGACUAGAGCCGCCCGUGGGAAAAAAUCGGCAUUGGAAAAUUGGUGGAAUAGGCAACUGGCCAAAGCCAGGAGCACUGGGCGAUACAUGAUGGUUUGCUGGUGGAAUAAAAAAGAUCAAUAUUCUCUCGGUCGUGGCAAGUGGCUCAGAAUAUACCCACAAUAUUCUGUAAAGUACAAGUUCGGAGAAGGCAGUGUGAAGUGA